GAAAGUGUAUAUAAAUCUAAUGGUAGAACUUAAUUUCAGGCCAAAUGGAAUCAACGCAGCAAAGCACUUAACAGAAAGUGACAGGGUUUUCCUGAAGUCUAUACAAGAUGAUUUGACAUCUCAAGCUGACACCAUAAUAGAAAAUGGAUACACAGGGAUGAUCAAUGAARAGCACAGUGAUGAAAUCAUUAAAUCUAUUACUAUUAGCAUUAUAUCAAAGCGCUUGGUGUACCUCAGAGAGUUCAUGGAUGGCUURCAGUCCUUUGGCUUGGCAGAUAUCAUUCAAAGCCACCCAGAAAGUUGUAGGAGUCUAUUUGUAAAGAGCUCACARCCUAACAAAGUUGAUGCAAACUUUGUGUUUUCAAUUCUGCACCCCAGUUAUACAGAAGAAGGGAGCUCAAGGAGAAAGGUAGAAGAAUCGUUGAUGGAUUUUUUUCAAGACUUUCUAUUUAUGUUGGAAGAUGAGAGUAAMAUUUCUGGGUACAACGAGGCAAUUUCUUGGAAUGAUGGCACUGAAAGUGAAGCUCAAGUCUGUAGUGCUAAUGAGCUAUCUGAACAAUUCCAGUCACCUGAUCUUUCACCUCCAGGCAUAUUGGGAUGGUUAACAGGCCAAAAACAUAUCCCACUUGGUGAAAAACCAUUGAAAGUUUCAGUCCACUUCAAUCAUGACUGCACAGUGAACAAUCCCAACCAUAGAAUUUGCUUUCCAGUUGUAGGAGCUUGUUCAAGAGAAAUCACUUUGCCAGUGUCACACAUGAAGACUAAAGAAGAGUUCAAAGAAGUAUUUCUGUUGGCCUUUUGCAAAGGGCAGUCUUUUGGCAAAGUUUAAGUUCCAUGAAUAAUGCAAGAGUGAGCAUUUAUGUCUUGACUGGAUUUGUGCCUCUAAUUCWAAGAMUCYUAAUUGCAUACUU